AUGGCCGAGACCGCCACGCGCGUUCUCUCGCUCCACUCCGCUUCAUCAUCAGAUUUGCGUUCCCCGGUGAAGCUAGUCUCUCCUCACGGGGAUGACGACUUUGGCUUACUCCUCAAGAACGGAAUGGAGCAGGCAGGGAUGCGCACCGAUGGUCUCUUUGUUCCCGGGGGUCCAAGGAAUGGCGGGGAGCGAAGGACAGCCGUCUGCUCGCUGUUGCUGGACGAUGCAGGCGACCUGAUCUCGGGUGUUGCUGACAUGGACAUUGGUCAAGCAGCUCUUGUUCCAUCAUCAAUGUCGGGCGGUCUUGAGGCGAUGCUGCAAAAGGAAAGGCCAGGCAUGGUCGUGUUCGAUGGCAACAUUGGAGCGAAACAGACGAGCGAGCUCUUGGCCGCUUGCGAGUCAUACAAUACGAAGAGCAGCACCAGAGACGGGAGCAGCAGGAUAUUGACGUCAUUCGAGCCAACCAGCGUGAGCAAGUCUACUGCCAUUCUUUCGCAUUAUGCCAAGUCGAAGGGUGCAAAGCGCAACGAGCCGAUCAGUUUUGCGACACCGAAUGCCGUCGAGCUGCAAGAGAUUCAUUCCAAAGCCGUCGAAAUUGGCAUCGUCGCACCAACUGCUGGCCAAGCGUCAGCGACCCCCAUAUUGAAUUUUUUGCCAUCGGUAUUGGAUCCUUUAACAGUUGCCAAAGCGUGCUCUUUGGUUCAAGCAGGCAUUUUCUCCACCAUCCUACUGAAAGUGGGUCGCCAUGGCGUCGUCACAAUUGACGCCAGUAGGGUACAACACCAUCCGAUCCCGGCAGGUGAGGUCCGGUUUGUCAACACAACGGGCUGCGGGGAUAGCUUCGCUGGUGCAUUCGCAGCUACAAUCUCACAUCUGCUAUCCAAACGUGAAGUUGAGGCUGUGAAGCCAGGUAAGCCAGCCUGGCAUGUCAUGAUUGACAAAGCGGUCAACGUGGGACAGUUGGCGGCAAGAAAGACGCUGGCGUCAACCCAAGCCGUUGGCGAAGGGAUGCACUUGCUUCUCGACGACAUAAUCUGA